UGAGCUGCACGUGCGACAACCAGUCUAUAGUCACUGUUUAUACGGGAACACUGCCGGUCCUCUUACAGUAAGCAACCAUGUUCCCAAGGAAUCUGCGGUUUUUCCUGAAGCUGAUAGUAGUGUUAGCCUGGUCAUCGAUGGUUGCCUGGGUAAUUAACACACAUCGACCCACCUUCACUGGAGAUGGUCGACUGUUGGUCAACUCGCCAUUAAUGGAACCCGGAUAUGGUGGAGAUAGCAAUUCCGCUGUUAAGCGAAACUGGAAAAGUAGCAAUGUCGCCAAUUUAGCCAACAGAAAACGGAAGAAUGAAUUUGGUCCGAAAGGUAACAAUGCUGGAAAUUAUCGACAGAGUUUCUCUGAUAUAAUUCAGGAAUUCGGCAUUUCUUUGUUCAAAGACACCGACCCAAGCCGUUUUUUCAUCAACGUCAACAAAUCUCACGCGACUCCUGUGUCUCGUGAGGUUCCGGCUACACGUUCUGCUGAGUGUGCUUCGGUUCUGUAUGAUAAUGCUACACUUCCGGUAGCAUCCAUAGUGAUACCGUUACAUAAUGAGCCAUGGUCUACAUUCGAGAGACUUAUAAACAGUAUCCUGAAGAAUUCGCCUCCACCACUUAUUCAUGAAAUCAUCAUCAUAGAUGAUUUGAGUAAUUUGGAACAUUUGGGAGCCCCAUUGGAUAAGUAUGUGGCACAGUUCGAUUUUAUGCAAAUACACAGAGCGCAUGAAAGACUCGGGUCGAUGAAAACAAGAUUUGUAGGGACCUCGAUUGCAACAGGGGAAGUGGUUGUUUUCUUGGACUCGCAUACAGAGGUCAAUAUCGGUUGGUUGGAACCAUUACUGUACGAAAUUGACAAAGACCGCAGGACUAUUAUCCAGCCUUCUAUCGACUUGGUCGACCCAGAAACAUUUCAAUACAGGCGGUACUUCGCAAAUGACAUGAGAGGUCAUUUUCAGUGGAGUAUGGCGUACAGUUUUGUACCAUUAACACCAAAGCAAAAAGCGGAAGUUGCAGCCAAACCGACGAAAGCUUUCAACACCCCAGCCAUUGUGGGCUGUGCUUUUGCUGUCAAUCGGAAAUACUUUCUUGAUAUCGGUGGUCUUGACACGGGCAUGCGUAUAUGGGGCGGAGAAGAUGUAGAACUCUCUAUUAGAGUGUGGCUCUGUGGCGGAAGUAUGAAAAUCUCACCAUGUUCUCACGUUGCCCACAUUUUCAAAUCAGGACAUCCAUUCAAAAUGGAUUACUCCGAUCUUAUACACAACAACAGGCGGACAGCGGAGAUGUGGCUCGGUGAUUACAAGCGAUAUUUCUAUUAUUUCAGCUCUGCACUUGCCCAAAGCGCAGAACCAUCUGAAAAGUUUGACGAAAUGGAUAAAAUCAAACAGAAAUUUAAAUGCAAAGGUUUCGAUUGGCUUCUCCAAAACGUUUACCCGGAACUUGAAGUCCCUCCAGAGGGCAGCGAACAUUUCGGACACCUUCGUAACCUUGGUUCCGGUUAUUGUUUCGGUCCUUCGGAAAACCGCGUUCUCGGAGAUAAUCCUAUUAUAGUAAUAGGCGAUUGUUUCGCAUACUAUAAAGUACGUAACUUUGCAUUACUUGGAAACGGUCAACUUAAGAUGGACGGGAAAUGUAUUGAAGUCGACAGAGACUAUUUAAUUGUGACACCAUGUAUAACCGGAAGUGGAAGAUGGGACAUGAAACAGAAAUUACUCGUCUAUGCUGAUGACGAUGGCUCCUCUAAGUGUGUCGGGCAAGUUGUAAAAACAAUUAAUUUAGUUGAAACUGCGGUAGCUAUGACACUGUCCUGUACUGAUUAUGAACUGAAAUAUGUUGAAUGGGAGAUUGGUACCAAAUUGUCCAAAAUGGAGGAAUCGUGGGCAAAAGCAUAGCCAAUAUCUUCAUUGAUUGUGAAAUACUAACGUAAUUAUACGCUAAAUAUAUUC